CAAUGAAAGAAAAAGAAAAUUUGUGUUCAGUGUUGCGUGUUGGAAUGGAAGGUUGUCGUAGUUGUUUUGAUACGAAUUAUGCAAUAAAAUUGCGAUAGUCGUAUGUGAUUAUUGUUGCGACAUUCAACAAACAAUGUCUCUCGAUACGGACCUCAUAAUAUCGGUGCCGCGUUCUCGUAUUAAUGAAUUUUAUUGCAAGUAUCAUAAUUUAGUAGAAACAUUUUACUGUGUCACACUGUCUGAGAAUAAAUCGUGUUUCGCGAAUGAAAAACCUGAUUAUGUGUAUUUCAACGUCACGUUCAACUUGAAUCCAGCAGAUGGAAGUUUCAAUCCGAAGGAACUUGUUGGAAGAAUACAGAAAUAUGUGGAGUCAUCUCUUGGAUGGGGUGGCGAGCGCGGCGAAGACUCCAGCUAUGACUCGGAGUGUGAGGACGAGAGCGCUCAUCGUGCGGCCUCCCGGACUCCCUCUGACACCCUCGCCGCGGAGUUCGCUGAAUACGUCACCCUGACACCGCCGCAACCCAGCCAGGCAAAGAUCGAGUUCGCAGUGAAGUUGGGUUACUCGGAGCGGCUGGCGCGGACGGCGCUGCAGCGGCUGGGCCCAGACCCGCCGUGCAACGAGCUGCUGGCGGAGCUGAUCAAGCUCGCGGCCAAGCAGCCCCCCCGCGCGCCGUCGCCCGCGCCGCUCCCCGACCCCGAGCUGCCGCCCGAGCGCGCGCCGCUCCGACACAUCGUCAUAGACGGCAGCAAUGUCGCUAUGAGCCAUGGCAACAAGGAGGUGUUCUCGUGCCGCGGUAUCGAGAUCUGCGUGGAGUGGUUCCGCGCGCGCGGACACCGCGAGAUCACCGCCUUCGUGCCCAAGUGGCGCAAGGAGUCCUCGCGCCCCAACAACCCCAUCGCCGAGCGAGACGCGCUCGAGCGCCUCGAGCGAGACCGCGUGCUCGUGUACACGCCCAGCCGCCUGCUCGGCGGCAAGCGCCUCGUCUGCUACGACGACCGUUACAUCCUGCGCCUGGCUGCCGAGACCGACGGCAUCGUCGUCUCCAAUGACAACUACCGCGACCUUGCCGUCGAGAACCCUGACUUCCGAAAGGUAGUCGAGGAGCGACUGCUUAUGUACUCGUUUGUCAACGACCGGUUUAUGCCACCCGACGACCCGCUCGGUCGGUCCGGUCCCACGCUCGACGCGUUCCUGCGAGCGCCGGCGACUCGCGCCGACCCGCCGCCCGCGUGCCCGUACGGCCGCAAGUGCACGUACGGUAAUAAGUGUAAGUUCCACCACCCGGAGCGAGCCGGGCGGCCGCAGAAGUCCGUCGCGGAGAAACUGUCGGAGCGCGCCGCCAGGACACUCCGCGAGCGCGACCUGCACACCAUGAGCCUGCCGCCCGGCGGCCGCCCCGCCGAUGUCAAGAAGCAGUUGGCUCGCGCGCAGUCCGCCGCGCCGCGACUCGCCGACGCCACGCUCGCCACGCACUUCGACCGCGCGCAGCUGCAAGUGGCCGGGCCGUCGCAGCCGCUGGUGCCGGCCGGGCCGCCGCCCGACGUCAACCCGCACCGCAAGCUAGCGCGCCAGCUCACGCUAAACCCGGCGUGCGACCCGCGCCUGCAGCAGCACGCGCUGGCGGCGCGCGUGGCCAGCGCGCCGGGCGGGGCGGUGGGCGCGGCGGCCGGGCUGGGAGCGGCAGGUGGGCUGGGCGCAGCGGGCGCGCUGGCUCCGCUGGGGACGCCGUGCGUGUCGGACGGCGCGCUGCAGCACUGGGACGCGCGGCGCCGCAUGCACUACCACCUGGCGGGCAUCUUCCCGGAGGCGCAGGUGGCGCAGGCGAUGGCGGCGUACCCCGAGGAGACGGACGCGCAGACCAUGUGCGCCAUCAUCCUGGCGCGCUACCGCCCCAGCGAGGCGCGCGUGCCGCACUGAACGCACCGAGCGGAACUCCUCAACUUUCACUGCCAGUUUUUUGUAAAAACCGGAACAGUGGAGAUCUCUGAUCCUGACCGAUCGAGCUGAGACGGAUUCCAGAUAAAACGCGACGGCCCAGAACAAGAAAUAAAUGACAAUGAACACCGAACAGCGGGCCGUCGCCGAACAAGACGAGCGUGGCGCUCACAUGUCACUGUUACUGAAAAAUAGGCAUUUAUUUUUGUACAUAUUCUAUGAUUUCUGACAUACGCUUCUGAGAAGUGUAUGCUGAUAUUUAAUAAUUAUUAUUAAAUAGUUUCUAGAGAUGUACAAAUACAUACUUUAUGUACAGUUGAAUAAUUUCUGUUUGACUAGAAUGCUAUCUUUUUCCUUUUUAUUUUCAUUCCUGUAUUCUUCCAGUGAAUAAUUUCACAAUUUAUUAUAUAGUCUAUUAAAAAUGUUAUAUGUUAUUAUGGUAAGUUAAGACGACUUACUACAUAAUUUAAUAAUAUCGAUUUAAAUAGCUAAAAAUGUGAUCAUAUUUAAAUCAUUAUUUGGUACCAUGUACCAAUUAUUAUUUUGAUACUUAUAUAGUUUAUGACAUUGUGCAUAAAUAUACAUAAUAAUCUUUACAAAGUUUAUUUAGAUAAAGUUAUGAUGAUUUUGUAUUAAAAUGCAUGUUAUCACAAUUUGUUGUCAUAUGAAUGUACUUAGAUUAAAUUGCACCAUGGUUAUGGCUACAUUCAAGUACUUGAGGGCACAUCUAGAACCUCUUGACAUUAUUGUUUACUAUCUUGUUUAGGUUAAGUUUAGGUGUAAGCAAUGGCCAGCUAUAAUUGACUAAUUUAGUCAUUAUUGUAGGUUUGACAUUGAACAAAUCUGUUGUUUGAUUUUUAUUAAAUUGAACUGUUAAAAACUUAAAUGCAAUGCAUAAAUUGAAAAUGUAAGAUACAUAUAUCUACUCUCCAUGCUGUACUUCAUAGAAUGAUAGUUGUUAGAUUUGUAUAGAUUCAUUUUAUGGAGUAUGGCAUGAUAUUAUAAUUAGUUAAUCAAAUUUCACCUGAAACCUUUGACUACAAAGGAUCAUAAGUAUAUUUUGAUUACAAGUUAUGAAACAAACUAAAUGUGUGACAAGAUUGCUGUUAGGAAAAGGUUUAAGGUAAAAUUUGAUAGUAAUGAGAAGUGUUAAGGGAUUGCUUCAAUUUAUUUGCAUAACAUUAAAGGUCAUCCCAAACAUUUCUGAUUGCUGAAAUACAUUCCUUGUGGAAUGUUUAACAUUAUGUGUCUAUUGUGACAUUAUAGUUAUUAAUAUUAAAAUUAUAAAAUAAAUCAUCUCUUUUAUUAGUAGAA